AUGAACCAUGCUGACACAUCGAUUGUCGCCUCCUUACUGAAACGAAGUAGUUCUGCUCGUGCUCCUAGACCAAAUUCGAAAGAGUCCAGAGGAUCUAGAACCCAUGUCCCUCACACUUCUGUUGAAUCUAAUGAUCCUGUAGAGACUCAGACAUCUGCAGCUCUAGAUGACUAUCGUAUGAUCAGUAACCCUGCAUUAAAAAAUGCCAAGGAGAAUAUCCCCUCAUCUGACUCCGAAGUUCCUUCUAUUGGCGUUUUUCCUAGUUCCUCAGUCCAGUUUGGGAUGAGGCUCAAUCAUUCACAAACCACUACAACAGAAGCUAAUGUUGUGACUAUGAGUCCCUUAAGCUUGGAGUCUAAUAUUCCUGGGUCUUCAUCAAUGUUUACAAAUUUUUCCUCUACUAAACCUCCUUCCGACCCGAACCCCCCUAUGUCUGCCGUAAAUGUGAUCCCUUCUUCUGGUAAGGAAGCUCUGAUUCCUACCUUGGCCAGUCUUGCAGCUUUACUUCCUCAGUUUCAACACCCUUUUACUACCACUGAUGUUCCUAGAACCUUGGAUUGGCAAAUGCUUCUGAUGAAGAAACUCUUGACAACGCUCGGUCCCACCUCAUGGAGAGGAAUCCCCUCCUUUGUUUGCACUUUACUUAACUCUAUGGAUUUUGGGGAUGUUAAUGAUGUAGUGCAGAUAGCCGCUAUUCAGCUUGUCCUCCAUCAGGCAUGUGCGGAUAUGAAGGAAAAACAUGUCAAUGCUUUUGAAGGGAAGACUUUUCUUUACUCCUAUCCUGGCACCGAACAUCAGGGGUUAGAUCAUUUUUCAAGCAUGGUAUCCCAGAAGUACUCCUUGUUCAAGCAUUUGGAGGGAGAUUCCGUGGAUAUGAAUAUUUUGAAGGAGAAGUUGGGUGCUUUGGAGCCCUCUUUGAAUCCUGGUGGUACUUCUAGUAAUGUUUGA